UAACGACCGCUUAUGUCGCUGUGUGAUUAACCGUGCAAAGCAGCUUUUUUGGAAGUCCUCAACACACAGGGCCCUGCUAUGUUGAGGUGUAUCAGCUAUGACUGAUGGGGAGGCGACGUAUGAAGACUUCAUCGCUUCGCGGCGGACCGGCCGACGGAACGCCGUACACGACAUCCCACAAUCCCCUGAGGCACAGGGACCCAGCGACCUAUCACAGGACCUGGCACAGCUCAACAUCAACAAAUCAGGUGAAAGAGAGGAUGCUGAAAAGAGCAAGGCCCCGUCAGAGUCUUCAUCCCAACCAGAAGAGGGGGGUAAAGAGUAGGGGAGCUAGCAGAGGAUCCAGAACUGGACCAAAACCGCUGCUCUUUCUCCAAACUACUGAUCUGUGAACUGUAGGCCUUCUACCUACUACCGGCCAGUAGUGCUUCCCAAACCUCUCUCAAAACUCUGCCAUGUUGGAGUUACUUAGGCAGUCACAGCACACUGAGUCCUCUGUGCUGGUCUUCGUUCCAACAGUCUUAAAAAGCUUCCUUUCCUUCUAAACAACUGAAGCUGAAAUGAAAAGUGUGGACAGGGGAAGGAACGGAGUGGGAUUAAUAUGGUGUGGCAGAUGAAAGCAAUGUGGUAGUAUCCUACCUAGUCCAUUGACCCUUCAGUGGUCCUUCCUAAAGGAAAGGAAAGGAAAGGAAAGG